ACCUCUUAAAACCCAAUCGCCCACCGGUGGGCGAUUGGGUUUGUUGACGAUAUGUUUCCACUACGGAGCGACAUAACCCGCUUCAACUUUCAUCAUUACAGACAUUCUAUACGUCGUUAGAAAGGGUAGAAUCUCCACAAUUUAUUCAUCCGGUUGUUUUUUCUAUAAAUCAUGAGCACAAAACCAUAAAUCAUUGAUAUUUACCAGCAUGGUAAACCGGAAAUGCCAAAAAACAGAGCGACUCCCUACCUUUGAAGCAAUCUGAGAACCGUAAUAUGUGUCCAUUCCUCAAUUAUUUAUAUUCCAAUUGUCCGUGAGAAUCCACUGAUCAAAAGCAUCAAAAUGGUUUUUCAUAAAAUGAUUCCAGCUUGUGAAUAUCGUCAUGUAAAGUCCAUUUGUUUACCAUCUCCAAACUUUGUUCGUCAACUAACAUCCAGACGUUCGCAGCCGUAUCGAUAUUUUCUCUACCUCCAGUAUGGAGUUGUUGGGUAUGCUUGUUUUCAUCACUUUGCUGGCUACAAAAUAAAAGUGUCCCCGUCUUUUUCUGUUCAGUUUUCACCCCGGUACAGCCCGUGAAGUAGAUGGAGCGCUCCCAGUUCGAAGGGCCAAUGGGCUUUGUUUACUUUGUUUCGCGGCUUUAGUAUAGGGACAGCGUAUUGGCUAUUGAUAUAUCAAUCACUUGGGCUUCUAGCCAAUGAGUUUACCUUUCCAACGCUGCCAGGCGUGUCCAGGUGUGAUACGUAUGAGCCGAGAUAUAAAGCUGCGUCAACACGGCAGACAACUCACUUUGCGCAGGAGAGAGCCUCCAGAGGACCAGGACGCACAACUCAAUUGCCCCUUUAAAUUUUGUUGCACAGCUUUCGCCAUUUACAUUGGCGAAAACAACGAAGAAAACCAAUUAUUAUGGCCAUGAAGAAGCCCUCGCGUUGAUUUUGGAUUCAUCCGAGGACAGCGAAGACAGCCAAUAUGACUCUGAGAGAGAGGAGAUGUUCGAACAACAAUUAGACGACGUCUUAGAUCGGUCAAUGUCUGAGGACAGUGAUGAAGAUUGGGAGCCGCAAAGCCAGACAGGCAGACGCCCGACCCCCACUCCUACUGAAAGUGGUCGUCGGAAGCGUCAGAGAUCGCACUCUGCAGCCACCAGUGCUACCUUCCCCGCUGCAUCGUCCACCGCCACACCAACGACUGGCCGUUCCCGUGCUGCACGACGUGUCCGGGGGAGGGGCAGGAGAGGAGGAUCCCGAGGACCCUCUCCAGGACCCUCUCGAGCACCCAGCGCCGCCACAGGGGAACAACAGUGGCGUGAUGUGGGGGAUCACGACGUCGAGCCUGCCCUCCUUGACUUCGUGCCGGUGAGACAGCCUGGACCACAGCAGCGGACCAGAGUGGCAACCAGUCCACUCGAGUUUUUCAGACUGUUCUUUACCGACGCUGUGCUCGACACUUUGACGGCGAACACCAACGCCUACGGAGCCAAGAGGCACGACGGAAAGCAAGUGGUCUGGCACAACAUCUGCAGAGCGGACAUUUACUCCUACCUCGCCAUGGUGAUCUACAUGGGGAUGGUCAAAUGCUCCUCGCUGCUGGACUACUGGAGAGGGUCCCGUCGCUACAGCCUUAUAUUCCCCCCCUCUGUGAUAUCCCGAAACAAGUUCCUGAGGAUUUCCCGGGCUCUCCACAUGAGCGACAUCACAGCAGACGAGGAGAACGUGGCUAAGAGGGGGACGCCGGCUUACGACCGCCUGUGCAAGAUCAAGCCCCUUUACAGCCACAUCGUCGAAGCCUGCAAAGCCCACUUCCAGCCGGGGCGACACAUCUCUAUCGACGAAAGGAUGGUUGCAUCCAAGGCCAGAAUAAGGCCUCCCAAGGCCUCCCUAAAACAAUACAUCAAGAGCAAGCCCACUAAGUGGGGAUAUAAGCUGUUUGCUUUGGCAGAUUCUGGCACUGGAUACACCUGGAAUUUCUUUGUGUAUGAGGGCAAGUCACCUGGUUAUGGAAAUGGGCUGAGCUAUGACUCCGUCAUGUCACUCUUGGACUUUGAUCUCCUUGGUACAGGUUAUCAACUUUACGUUGAUAACUUCUACACAAGCUCCCACCUUUUUCUGGACCUGUUCAAGAAGAAGAUGGGGGCUUGUGGUACCAUUCGUGCGAACCGGGUUGGUUUCCCCAAGACCACAAUCAAUGACUUCACAAGGGGCACUCCUCGGGGCGCCAUCAAGUGGAUCAGGGACAGUGAACUGCUUUUUGUGAAAUGGAUGGACACUAGAGAAGUGGUCAUGUGUUCCACCAUUCACAAGGCGUUCACCGGCGACACGGCCCAAAGGAGAGUGAAGACGGCUGGUGAGUGGGAGGUCGUCUAUGUCCCCAUUCCAGCAGCAGCCAAGGACUACAAUCAGCAUAUGGGGGGGGUGGACCUGUCGGACGCACUGAUUGGGUAUGACAGCGCUUCACAUAAGACGAUGAAAUGGUACAGGACAUUUUUUUACCAUUUUUUGGACAUUGCUAUUGUGAACGCUCACAUAUUGUACCAGCAGUGUCAGAGGGGAUCGAUGACUCAGAAGGAGUUUCGUCACGCCCUCAUCGAGGAGCUUGCGGACCUAGGAACACCAUCCACAUCCAGGCCAUCCACCUCACAGGUCGCUGCACCCCCAAACCCAGCAGCAUCCCACAAGCCGCAUUACUUGGAUAAACAGGAUGAGGCUAAGCGGGACUCUGCGGGCAGGGCCGGCAGACGGCUCUGCAAGCUGUGUCACAGAAAGACACCAGUCGGGUGUUCGACGUGUGGCGUUCCCUUGUGUUUUGUUGCCACAAGGGACUGUUAUAAUGAGUGGCACACGCAACAAGGGAUGUAGAACGGCCCAAAGUGUCCUGACAGCGCACUGUACUGUUUUUGUACGGUACUCUGUGAUACACAUUCUUAUACAUUUUUUGUAUAGUUUUUGUAUAUUGUUCAUAUUUAGUUCAUAUUUUUUGUAUAUAGUUCACUCAUUUUUCAUAUUUUGUUAUUGGCACAAGUAGUAAUAGUAUAUUGCAGAAUAAUAAAAUCCUUGUUUGAAAUUCA